CACAAUUCGAGAAAUCGAGCACAGGACAUGGACAACGAUGGCUCGAGAGAAAAAUGGUGGUCCAAUCUGGGAAUAACGCGGCAGUUUGGCAUCAGGGGAGCGUGAAGCCUCGUGAAAUCGACCAAGAAUUCAGUGAGCGGCGGUGCUGCCCGGCAAAGUUCAACGGUAAAUAACCGAACUGUAACCGUAAAGUGAAAACAUGGCUUCACGUGUCGGCUGUUUACGUCAGUGUGGCAGGAAAUAAUCGGUUUUCUGUUGUUCCGAGCCAAAAUGGACAAUAAAAAGAGUCCAAUUCGACGGGCAAAACGUGGUCCUAAAGUGAUCGAAGAUAAUUUCUGGGAUUGUAGUGUGUGCACGUUCAGGAACACCGCGGAAGCGUUCAAAUGUUUAAUGUGUGACGUUCGCAAGGGAACUUCGACAAGGAAACCUCGGAUUAAUCCGCAAUUAGUGGCCCAACAGGUAGCCAGCCAGUUUCUUCCAGCAACUAGCAGUAGUGGCACAACGAAAAAGGAGCGGAAAGACAAAAAGGCGCUGAAGAAACGGCGCCAUCUGCCCCGAUUGAAGAACGUGGAUCGGAGCACUGCACAAACACGAGAAGUGACUGUAAACAGUAUCACGGUGGUGAUUACGGAAUACAAGCCAAAAAUCAAAUCGGCAGAAACAGUUUCCAGCAGUAGUUCAUCGGAUCAUGGCUCGCAGUCAGAGUCCAGCAUGGACGCCAGGUAAAACCGUCUGCAAUCGAACAAUGGGGUGCAAAAACCGCGCCUCAGAGCGAUUGUUUAUCCCACAUGUGGGAUGUCACUGACAUGAGGACAAUGACUCUACCAACAGGACCGGCUAGGUCAUAAAUCCAUAUUUAAUCGCACUUUCCGCGCUGAUUUUAACCCCAUCAACGAAUUCAACGGUUCACCAAAACUAGAGCUGCAGCCAUUCAAACUACCACCUUUAGUAUUCGCAACUAUUCUGAUGAUAUAAUACAUAUAUAAUAAUUAAUUUAUAUUAGUAUACCAUCAUUGAAGUUAUCAAAAUGUUUUUCACUUCAAAAAAACUUCAAAAGCGCAAAUUCAGAUAACCUCAAUCAAUUGUGAAUAUGUACAAGGUGCGGUUUGAGCAACAUUCACUAUCCAGAAAAACAGGAAACCACACUAUCGCAUUGCGAUUCUCUUUAACACCAGAAAAUCCCUGUUGGGUCCUCUCUCUAGUCUUUAAUUCGAAUUGUUUCGCAUUGAAGGAGCCUCCUCUUGCAUCUCUCUUUGAACCAUGCACCUUCCCUAUCUCUGUCAUGGUCACUUAUUAACUAUUCCUAAUUUUUACUUAUUUAACGCAUCCUGAAAAAACGUUUUGAUCACACAAUGGAACUGUUCAAUUCGAUUCUUUUCAUCUGGAGAACCUCUGGAUUUUUAAAUCGAAAAAACACACAUUCCAGCUAAAUGAAAUUAGCGACAAAUUGCUAAUGUUCUUCAAAAAAAAAACUACAAUGGCUCUUUUAAUACCUCAUAGUAUCAUUGUCUUAAUCUGUUUUCGCGCUCAGACGGGUUCUUAAAAGAAAAAUUUCCAAAAAGUCCAUGGGUAGAACACGGCCCAAUACGCGUAAAAGAAAGAGAAAAAUUCACCAGACAGACGACGUUACGCAUCUUUAUUUCUAGAUCAUCAAGCCCUUUUGUAACAAAGAAUUUAUUGAACUUUCUGUACUGCCAAUGGCCCAUAAUCAGAGGUUAAUUAAUCAAACUCACUGCCAGAACCGAAAGUUGUUCAACUGAAGUGGCACAGAAAGUCGCUCAUAUGCAAUUUCCCCAAUCGAAGUUAGAUUAGUGAUUAAUGUAAAUUUGUGGAUGAAUGUGGGCAGACUGUGUAAAUUGUAACAAGGUGCAAAUGUACAUAUUUUACAAAAAAAAUUGUUCUAGUUCUGAUUAGUUUCUCAAUGGGACACUCACGUUAGUAGGAUGAUUAUUUUGAACUUUAUGAGAAGGCGGAAGGCCAAAAUAUGUUAUUAAAAUUGUAGUUGUACGGGGCGCGUUAAUGGGGUCGGUCGUAAUUUCAACGGUAAAUUCCUGUACUAAUCUUAGAAAGUCUAGGUGCAGAUUAUCAAUCCUUUUGCCUGAAUAGUAUGUUGAGGAUGAUCGUGACUUUAUUUAUUUAUUAUAGGUAGACUUUAUUUUAAUGUGCAAUCAGUUGUUUUUACCUAUUUCUUUCCACUGAAGCCUACUUUGUAUAUUAAUACGAAUGAAUGGCAAGAGGCAAAAAAAGUUGAAUAAUUGGUUCCUUAAGACUAGAACUACCACCCCACAAUAUGCCCUUAUUUUAACCAACCGACCGAAAUGACCGUAUGACUGGUGCUUGCAAGGUAUUAAAUAUACUUAGUUCAAUAAUAUUGGUAAACAUUUGAAUCGUUUACAAAAAAUAACGUUAUUUUUACAUUUAUUGUGAACACCGGUCGUUUUUCUUACAAAUUUUUAGGAAAAAUAUAAAAAUAAAUUGUACAAAAAAAGUAUCAUGUUUAAUUAUUAAUUUUUCUCAUUUUGUGCAGAAAAUUCUGUUGCCAAUUGAAACAAAAAGUUUUUCCAGAUAUUUUUUCUCCUGUAGUUUCUUUUCUUCAACGGUCAAAAUGGGGGAAAGAAGAAAUAUAUGGUGUUAUGAAUACAUAAGUACAUUUAGAACAAGUCAUGACAUAUUCAAAAAAUAAUGAGUAGAGUUUUACAUAAAAGUCUUAUGCAGAAUUUUUGAAAUAUUGACCGGUUGGUAGCUCUGGUGUUAAACCAAAAAAAUCAGUUUUUCUAUUGUUUAAGAAGUCGUUGGUGCGUUUAUUGCAAUGAUCAACAGAGUCAAACACGACCUACCAUUAAGUAGCCUGCUCUAUGCGUAAAUUGUCGAUAUUUAAGCUGUUAUUUAUUUUAGUCUAGACUAGAUAAAGGUUUACCAUAAGGCACGCAAUAAUGAACCAAUUAUAUUUUUAUGAUUGAUUGUAUUAUAAGAAUGUACAUUACGUUUUACCCAUACACCACCCAAAUUACAUAGAAAAAAAUUUUAAGUACCUGAUUAUUCACCUAGGAACCAUAUAUGAAUCAAACGCCACUUUGUGUUUGCAUGUUUCCAAAACAUGUAAGAAACCUUUAACGGCUCUGAUGUUGGCGAUCAUCAGAUUUCGAGGGAAAGUUUCAUUGUUUGUCAUAAGUGUAUAAGUCUGUGUAUUAAGACCUAAUUUUUGUACACAUUUUUUUAUCGAAAAACCCACCAAAAUUAUGUAAGCAAUUGAGAAAUGGUUCGUUCUGGAACCGUUUCAACGGGUUUUCGUUCUAACGUAAACCUGUUGACACGGUAUUAUUCUAAUAAUGAUAAGUUAAUCCAUUGAAAACGAUCAACAUACUUGGCGGCACGUAUGAAAAUAGCCGAUCUAGCAUCAAAGAAAUAUGUGAGCUAGAAACAGAAUUUUCCCGUUCAAAUCGGAUCAACUGGAUUAUCGGGGCAUUAAGCAGCAUAUAACUGUAAUAUAAUUAAAGGAUUUGCCGCGUAUGUGUGUUGAAUGUAUUCGAGGCAAAACAUACAGUUUUUUGAUCAAUUUGCAAACGAACUUAUUGAUGAAACAUACGAUUUUCAGCAGAAAAAAAUGUCCCAAACCACAACUGUAAAUUGUUGUACAGAAAGCAUCUAAACUGUGUGCGUAUUUUGUAUAGGCAAUCUAAAUGUUCUUGAUAAUUGUUAAUUAAGUGAACUUUUUUACCACAUUACGAUGUUUAGUGAAGGAUCUAGAUGUGUCUUGGUGUACAUUGUAAUAAAUGAUUAUUUGUA